AUGGAGUGCAGUGGCCAGGUGACACCCCAGCUGAUGCUGGCUGUGGGGACAGCUGUGAUUGGCUCUCUGCAGUUUGGCUACAACACAGGCGUCAUCAAUGCUCCUCAGAAGACCAUCGAGAGCUUCUACAAUGAGACAUGGACAGGCAGGCACUCAGAGUCCAUCUCUCAGACCACUGUAACAGCUCUGUGGUCGCUCUCUGUGGCCAUCUUCUCUGUGGGAGGAAUGUUCGGCUCCUUCUCCGUCGGCCUCUUUGUCAACCGCUUCGGCAGGAGGAACUCCAUGCUGAUGGCCAAUGUGCUCGCCGUUAUCGCUGCUGUGUUGAUGGGCUUCUCCAAGCUGGCUGCUUCCUUUGAGAUGCUCAUCAUUGGACGUUUCAUAGUGGGUCUCUACUCCGGCCUCUCCACCGGCUUUGUUACCAUUUAUGUUGAGGAGAUCUCACCCACAACUCUCCGCGGAGCAUUAGGCACUCUGCAUCAGCUUGGUGUAGUGAUUGGCAUCCUUAUGGCACAGAUCUUGGGGAUUGAAUCCCUCUUGGGGAACGCCUCCCUGUGGCCCCUCCUGCUGGGCUUCACUCUACUGCCGGCUGUGCUGCAGUGUGCCCUGCUGCCCUUCUGCCCCGAGAGCCCCCGAUACCUCCUCAUCAACCAAAACGAGGAGAGCAAAGCCCGCAGCAUUCUGGUGAAGCUGCGGGGCACUGAUGAGGUGAGCGAGGACAUGCAAGAGAUGAAGGAGGAGAGCCAGCAGAUGAUGAGGGAGAAGACGGUGACCAUCCCUGAGCUGUUCCGCUCCCCCAACUACCGCCAGCCUAUCUUUGUUGCUGUCAUGCUGCAACUCUCACAGCAGCUGUCUGGAAUCAACGCUGUGAUUUACUACUCGACUGGGAUCUUUGAGCGAGCAGGUGUGUCCCAGCCCGUCUAUGCAACCAUUGGUACAGGAGUGGUCAACACUGUCUUCACUGUGGUUUCUCUGUUUGUAGUGGAGCGUGCGGGCAGGAGACCUCUUCACCUGGUUGGUUUGAUGGGCAUGGCAGUCUCAGCUGUUUUUCUAACCGCUGCCUUGGCACUGUUGGACCAUUUCCACUGGAUGUCCUUUGUCAGCAUAGCGGCAAUCUUCAGUUUUGUGGCCUUUUUUGAAAUCGGCCCCGGCCCUAUUCCCUGGUUUAUCGUGGCCGAGCUCUUCAGCCAGGGGCCCCGGCCCGCUGCCAUUGCAGUUGCUGGUUUCUCUAAUUGGUCAGCCAACUUCUUAGUGGGGAUGUGCUUUCAGUAUGUUGAGCUACUCUGUGGCCCCUACGUCUUUGUCAUCUUCACUGUCCUGCUACUCGGCUUCUUCGUCUUUACCUACUUCAAGGUGCCAGAGACCAAGGGCCGCAGCUUCGACGAGAUCGCAGCGGGCUUCCGACAGUCAGGUGGUCAGGGUGCCGACAGGUACUCGGCCCCUGAAGAGUUCAACACCCUCCGGGGGGAUGACCCCGACCUUUGA